CCGUUUUCGGUGGUCCAGCGCCUCCAGGAUCAGAUCCGCCAUCUUCAAGCCAGACUCGACCUCGCCCCCGUGGCGGCCAGCCAUCCCGGGGGAGAAUCCCAGCGUCUGUCGCUUGCACCUGACCAUCCACCAUUGCCUGUUCAGCAACAAGAGAGUCUUCUGCAGGCAGUUAAUGAUAAAGUAAAUUGGCCUUCAGACGGUCUCAAAGAGGCUGAAGAGGUUGGUGUUCUGGCCAUUGGAGGGUCGAAUUUAUACUCCCAGAACAAGUAUGGUAAGGACUUCCAUCACGCCGCCAAAUCUCAUUCGCAAAUGGAUACUUAUUGUACUUGUUGUCACAGUCGGCAGUGCAGCUGGUUCAACAUUUGCAAGAAUAUUUUUCAAGCAAUUGAACCUAAUAUCUCCCUCUGUUACCGGAGUCUUUGGCGGCAGUUUGGAGCACUGUCCGUCCGAGAGAUGUGCUGCGCUUCCUCCGCAGCCAAUGGCUAGAUCAUAUCUCGCAAGCUAUAUUGCUCGCAUUCACCUGUGGUGGCCUCUCCUCCAACUUCCACUACUCCGACGGACCUUUCAGAAAGUAUAUCAGAAUCCGAGACAAUGCACCGAUCAUGAGAAGUUUGUCGUUUUUAUUGUACUCGCUCUUGCUAGUAGCGAAGAUUCUCAGCACAAAGCCUCACCAGGGAUGAUGGAUCUAAAUGACUCCGAAAGUUACUUCCAGACCAGCUUGCGGUUCUUCAAUGGCUUUCAUGAUCAUCCCAGAGAUCUGUUCGGUAUCCAAGCCGUUAUGCUCCUCGCCCUUUGGAUGCUGAAUUCAGCCGCCAGUAGCCACAGCAGUGACCUCUGGCAACUCAGUCGAUACGUCAUGUCUGCUGCGAUUGAGUCAGGGCUCCAUCGUCACAAUACCGACUGGGGUUUCACGGCUGAGGAACUCGAGGUCCGCAACCGGACUUGGUGGUGCGCGUACAACUUGGAACGACAGGUUGCCGUUCUCACGGGUCGCGUUCUAUCAAUUAGAAACCAUGCCAUCCAUGCAUUGUUGCCAUCACCAUCGGCUUUCGAUGCCCUCACCAAUGCAGAAGCACUGGCAGCCCCAGUCUUCCAUAAACACACUGUUGAAUUGUUUCGCCGGAUGAUCUCUCUAAGGCGAAUAUCGGGAUAUAUCUUGGAGUCAAUAUAUAUAGCAAGGGGGCCAGAUGGAAAGUGCAUGGAUACAUCCUUUCAACAAAUUUGUGCCAGGUCAGAAGAAGCUCGCAAAGACCUGGAACAGUGGAAGCGACAACUUGACGAAUUGGACAUAAAACCUUCACGAGAGUAUUCCGAAAUGAAGGUCGAGUACUGCCUUCUCCAGCUUCUAUUAAAUCGCCCUUCUCCCACCUUUAUGGUCCCCUCCCGCCAAAUGACAUCCUCUUGUUCAAAGGUCGCCUCCAGUGCCAUACAUCAGUGGAUCAGUAUCGAGGCCGAAUUCGGAAUUUCAGCAGUAUGCCGAUGCUUCAGCCAGCUUCAUUCUGUUUUGUUAGUGGGUCUGGCCGCUUUGUAUUGCGAUUGGCAAGCUACGGCGAUGCCCCAAGCUGGGGUCCAGAACGUACGAAGACUUCGUCGUCACGAGAACGAUACAAACGUCUGUCUCGGUCUGAUUGACCGUGGAAUUUCCCACAUGAAGGCAAUGAAUCUUAUCCGAUACCGAGACUUAUUCCAAGCGGUCCGAAUCAAGGUGUACGCAGAUCCAACAUCCAUGGAUGCACCGACUGACGAAUCCCCUUCGCAACCUAUGGACAUUCCCUCUGUGGGACUCUAUAAUGGGUCGGAAGGCCUUGAAUUUGGGGGAGAAGACUCUAUGAUAUAUCCCGCAGGCGAAGGUAUGGAGACAUACCUCAGCCAGGUCAACGACUUUCUGGAGGGCGGUAUGGUCGACAUGGACGACACCCUCAACGCGUGGUAUGAUGCGGUGGUGCAAGAACUACAAAACGACCCAGCUCAGACUUUCAUGUGACGACUUGGAGUUGCAAGGUUCGUUUCCAGUGUAUCUUCAUGUAAUCUAUGUUUAACCGGACGAAUGCGUUUCUAUCUCAAAUCCUCUUUACUAAAAC